GCUGGAUGAAUGUUAGGUUAAAAAUCGUUUCGCGGUUAAGUUACAACCGAUACAAAAUUCAAAUCACGCUUACCUCCCAAGUUUUCUGAAAAUUUCCUCUACAAUCCUUUGGGAAACUAAAGUUAUACACCCGUUGCAUCACAUUCAAUUAAAUAAUGGCUCCUACAACCAGAUCUAGCUCCAAACCUAAAAGUGAAACGGUAAUUGAGAAAAAAUCACCUAAAACUGUCAAAAAAGCGUCCAAGACCAAAAAGCCCGCCGAUAAAAAGCCAGUAAAAGAGGAUAUUACUCCGAAAGAAGUUGAUGUUGAAAUGGAAAAUGGUACCGAACCAGAGGUAACUGAAGAGGAAUCCAAAAUAACUGCUGAUUCCAUCUACGAAUUUACAGUAAAAGAUAUUGACGGUAACGAGAUAUCUUUAGAAAAAUACAGAGGCAAUGUAUGCAUAAUUGUCAAUGUUGCUUCAAGAUGUGGUCACACUAAAAGUAACUAUGAACAAUUUGUCGAAUUGCAUGAUAAAUAUGCUGAAUCGAAAGGAUUGAGAAUACUUGCUUUUCCCUGCAAUCAGUUCGGUUCACAGGAAUCAGGCACUUGUGAGAAAAUUAAGGCAUUUGCUGAUAAUAAAGGAGUUAAAUUCGAUAUGUUCGAUAAAAUAAAUGUGAAUGGAAAGAAUGCUAGCCCUCUAUGGCAGUUUCUUAAAGAAAAACUAUCAGAAGUGACUUCAGGCAAAGCGACUGGUAAAGACAUCAAAUGGAAUUUCACAAAGUUCAUCGUUAACAAGGAUGGAGUACCGGUGGAACGUUAUGCCUCAUCCACCAAACCUUUAACGUUGGUCGAGUCAUUGGAGAAGUUAUGGUAGACUUUCGAUUCAACUUAAACUCGUUAAUACUUUUUGUUUGUUUUGAAAGAAAUUUUUGUUUUAUGUUCUGAACCUGAUGCCUUUUUUAAUGUUUAAUGUUCAAAAUAUUCAUGUGUUAGGUCUUUAACUAAUUUAACUUCUGUUUUGUAUUGAAGUACAAAUAAAGUAUUUAAGUAA